UAUCCUGCUUCCCCUUACUAAAGUUUCGGGCUCCGCCCCUUCUGCGGCAUUGAAUUUUACUACGUUCCGGUCAUUAGGUGUAAGGAGCGUGUAAGGAAUAUAAUCCGAGUGUAGGUAUAAAAACGGAUUGGGGAUGCUAGAAUAAUAACCGUAUAAGCCAGAAGUUUUAUUUAUUUAUUUACAAGGAGGUGAGGAAUUCUCUCGCGUGGUCUGUUCAUCAACAAUCGAAGCAACAAAUCAUGCCUGGAAAUAGGGAUUGCACAGUUUAUGUUGGUAACUUGGAUGAGAGGGUCAGUGAAAGAGUAUUGUAUGAUAUCCUCAUUCAGGCAGGACGGAUAGUGGACUUGCACAUUCCACGAGACAGAGAAUCUAAUCGUCCCAAGGGUUAUGCCUUCGCGGAAUAUGAAACUGAGGAGAUAGCAGACUACGCUGUCAGGCUUUUCACUGGCCUUGUGACUCUUUACAAUAGAUCUUUGAAAUUUGCGAUAUCUGGGCAAGAUAAGACUACACCCUUGUCUUCCAAGCCAAGGCCUCAACCCUUAAUUUAUAGCCAUAGUGAAACAAGGGUUUCUUCAUUUACCGCAAGUGAUAUACAUCAAGAAUUGACUCCUCCGGGAGUAAUACAGAGUAAUGGUUAUGGAUUAGAACUCAGCAGCAAAAAUUACGACAUCAGUCGUCAGGUUUUAGGAGCAGCAGAAGAGAGCAUUCGCCGCACAAAUUCAAGUCGAAAAAUAAACGGCAGAAUAUCGUUUCAGAGGUAGCGCAAAAAGAAGACCUAACAUAGCUCUGGGAUAUUUGAUGUUGAGUGUUUGAUAGGUAGGUAACUUGUUAUGAUGGAGCUUUUCAGUAUACUCUUCCUGUCUGUGUUUGGGUUCAUAUUUCUCCUUGCUUGGUUGAAUUUCGGAUCGACUUAGUAUGUCAUCUGAAGUUCUCUCUUAGUAACGAAAGAAUCAAGUGACAAUUGUAGACGGAGGCAUCAGAGGAAGUUUGUAACACACUGUUCAAUGUAAAAUCAGAGUAUAUCAUCCUUCAACUCUACUUUGAAGAUGCGUGCAUUGUAUCAUAAGCUCUUGAGACUUUACCAGAGCGUUUGCUGUACUAUAAAACUUUCAUUUUCACCAACCUUUGGUUCCCUUAGGCUAAAGAUGAAACUUUCUUUUUCAUCUGAGAACGGGUUUUUAUAUGGGCAGAAGGAGAAUUCCACUCCAAAGAGAGAAAGGAAAUUGAUAUCCUAUCACUAAUGUGGUUUUAGUGGGUGUUUAUGGAAUUUGGACUUGGUCCAAAUUAGGAUUGCAGUUUUUAUUGAUGAUUAUGAUGAUGAUCCAACUAUAAACCCA